AUGUCAGCGCGUUACGAUAGAGCUAUUACAGUUUUUUCACCAGACGGUCAUUUGUUGCAAGUUGAAUAUGCACAGGAAGCGGUACGAAAAGGAUCUACUGCGGUUGGUGUUAGGGGUAAGGAUGUGGUUGUCUUAGGAGUAGAAAAGAAGUCAGUAGCUAAACUGCAAGAAGAGAGAACAGUUAGAAAAAUAUGCCUACUUGAUGACCAUGUAGUGAUGGCGUUUGCUGGUUUGACUGCUGAUGCUCGAAUUCUUAUAAAUAGAGCCCAAAUUGAGUGUCAGUCUCAUAAGUUAACAGUUGAGGAUCCAGUGACAUUAGAGUACAUUACAAGAUACAUAGCAGGUCUUAAGCAGAAAUAUACACAGAGUAAUGGCCGUCGUCCUUUUGGUAUUUCUUGUUUGAUUGGUGGAUUUGAUUAUGAUGGCUUCCCUAGACUAUUUCAGACUGAACCAUCUGGUAUUUACUAUGAAUGGAAAGCUAAUGCUACUGGCCGAUCUGCUAAAACUGUUCGUGAAUUCUUAGAGAAGAAUUAUACUCCUGAGGAAGUUUCAACUGAAAAUGGUGCUGUUAAGUUAGCAAUCAGAGCUCUUCUUGAAGUUGUGCAGUCAGGCCAGAAAAAUCUUGAAAUUGCGGUUAUGAGACGCAAUCAACCAAUACAAAUGUUAGAUCUUGAUACCAUUAACUCGUAUGUCACAGUAAUUGAAAAGGAGAAAGAGGAAGAGGCAGAGAAGAAAAAACAAAAGAAGUAA